AUGGCGGCCGCUCUUCAAAAGCUUCAAAAUCAGAACGCCAUGCUCCUGGAAGCGGUAGAGGAAAAGAGCCGACAGUUGCCUGAAAGCGCGUCGAGAGGCGGACGUCUUGGCGAAAGAGCUAAUGGCGUGUCGAAGACAGCUGGAGAUCGUGUCAUCCGCUCGACCUCGGUUGGAUACCCAGCCGGCGGAUGUCUCGUCUUCAGCCCGGAUCGAUGGAAACGAAGAACGCCUUCGACAGCAGCCAGCACCAUCGAGACAUACCACCAUAAGCUGAUGCGAGGAACGUGCACACCCGCAAAACAACAGAUCGUGCUGCUGAGGAACAAACUACAUGAGGCACAAGAGGAGGUUAAAAAAACGUACAGGGCUUUAUCGAAAGAAGUAGGAGGAACCAGCUUGGGGCUAGGCCGGACUUUGAACGACACGGGCGGGUGGAAGGGGCGCGCUCAGCAAAUAGUGAUGUUGAAGGCAACGGUGAAGCAGCUACAGACACAGCUUCGGAACGGACGGGACCCUGGGCAAUCUGGCGAAACCCGCAGCAAGCAAGGGCGAAAGGACGUUGACAGCCAGGCGCAAGAGGAGAUCCACUACAUGGAACGGCAUCGUGGGCACGCAAUCGAGCAGCUGGAGGCAAAAUGCAAUGCCCGGCAAGAAGAGGCAGAGGCCUUGCGGGGUCAGUUGGUGGCGAAGGGAGCGAGGGUCGCCGGCCUAGAAAAAACGAACAUGCAGAUCCGAAACCGUGCCAAGAUGCUCCUGGCAAAGUCAGACACCGACGAUCGCUUGGUGGAUGCCCUGCGGAAAGAAGUACAAGCGCUGCGAAACGUCGGAAGCUCAUCGCGGUAGCCGUCUGGAGGGACGACCGUGUUCGUGAAGUCUUGCGAACGUUAAAGAGCAAAUACUCGGAGUACGAAAGAGCUACAUCAGAGGACCCGGAACAUUAUUUUGUCCCUCCAAUUUCUAGGGCGCCCAAUCGCAAGCUCCGAGCCAAAAGAGAGCAGGGUACGUCACGCUGAUGUUUUUACCACUCGUUCAUCUACGAAACCUGGAGUUCCACAUAUGGUCAAACAAGGCAAUCGUUUGCAAGAAGUCGCUUGGGAGACGCUUCGGGUCGAACAUCUCCAUGGCAGGACAAAACACGUCUUUGCGAAGGAAUAAAUCGAUGGUAGACGAGGAUGGAUUCCUUUUUGAUGGCUACUCAAAAGCUGAUUGAACCUGCUCUCCUUCACUGCGCAAGCACUACUAGACUAGGCAGCGUCCACUGCUGCCGCAUCAUCAUCUGGGCCACCGUCUUCAUCUUCAGGUUUUGGUUUCGCAUCAAACGUGCAACUGAACGACAGAGGUUUUCCCGGCUUGAAUACCUUGAGCAUGUCUUCAAUGUCGUUCUUGAUGUCAGCCUCACUCCCAUCUCCCUUCGCUCCAACCAGGUUGUAUGUAGCCAAAGCUGUUUGUAGACCUUCGUUCAUGA